UAUCUCUUUAUAAAAGAUAUAAAAGUAUAAAUUUUAUAAAUAUGUUUCCAAAAAGGAAUGUUGAUCCAGAAUUGGAAAAAUUAAGAAAAGAAGUUAAUGGACCUCCAAAUUUAGAUACAGUAAUUAUAAAUAUUCAAAGAAUUACAAGACAAAUUCAUGCUUCCUAUUUAUUUGAACAGAUUGGAAAACCUACAUUACAAAAAUUAUGUUUAUUAUUAAGUUCUACUGCUACAAACAAGACUUAUAAUGGAUGGCAAGAUUUUGCUGCACAUAUGGGUUUAUCAAUAGAACAAAUUCGUUGUAUAGAUUAUGAUUUUAAAGGUUUACAAGAUCCAACUUAUUAUGUAUUAUUAACUUAUGUGCAACAUGUUGAAGCAACUAUUGAUAAGAUUUUAAAUGCUUUACAAAAAAUACAACAUUUUGAUAUAAUUAUUCAAAUAAAAAAUGAUAUUUAUGAUUUAAUUCAUGAAAUUUCACAAAAUGCUAAAAAUGAUGAAUCAACUAUAUUAAGACCAAAUAAUAUGCCGAAAGCUCCAUUAGUAUUAACUCCAAUUUAUUUUAUACAAGAUAUAAAAAAAAAUGAAAUAGUCUCUAAUCAUGUACACAAUUUACAAAAGACAAAAAAAUUAUAUGGUAGUAUAGUUAUGUUAACAUUUGCUGAUGAUGGUUUAGAAACUGCACAACAUAUAACAAAAAUAUUUAGAUCUAAAGAACCUAAAAUUGGAGUUCUUAUACUUCAAGAACAAGAAAAUUAUGUAUAUAGUAGAGCAGAAGAAUUUAUAGAUGAUUGUUUUAAACAGGUAAAUUUUAUUAUUCCUAUAUUAACACAAGGAUAUUUGGAAAGAAUAAAUAAUUCUAAAAAAAUUUACAUUGAAGAUCAAAAUAAGUUAGAUGCAAAAUAUGUAAAAUAUAUAUAUUCUUUAUUAAGACAUGAAUAUAUGAAAAAUCAAUGUAUCAAUUACCGUACAAGAUGUAUAGUUUCUGACAAAGAAGUAUAUACAGUUGCAAAAGCAAAUUUGCAUCCAACUUUGCAAGCAUGGUUUAGAGAAAAUGAUAUUAAUGCAUUUAUUAAGAACAUUCUUUUACAAAAUUGUUCAAAAUAAACUUAUCUAUGAUA